CUCCACUAACGGACAGAACAUUUAGACAUUGCCAUUAUGUGUUCUGGGGGCUGUGCAAAGUGCCUAGGCAUUGCCUUAAUUCCUUUAUCUAUUCUAUGUAUUCUUGCGAACACCCUGCUGUUUUUUCCAGGAGGGAAGGUUGCAGAAAACAAUGGGCAUAUUUCCGAUGAAGUCUGGUAUUUCGGUGGAAUACUAGGAUCUGGGGUUCUGAUGGUAUUCCCAGCUCUUGUAUUUCUUGGGUUGAAGAAUAAUGACUGUUGUGGAUGUUGUGGAAAUGAGAAAUGUGGAAAGAGAUUUGCGAUGCUUUCUUCUAUACUGUUUGCUGCCAUUGGGUUUGUUGGAGCUGGCUACAGCUUUAUCAUCUCAAUAGUUGGAAUACACAAUGGUCCAAAGUGUGAUGUAGGCAAUGGAAACUGGACAUAUGCAUUUGAAGGGGGAAAUUACCUAGGGCACCCCAAUAUGUGGAGUACAUGUGAAGCACCAAAAGACAUAGUCCCUUGGAACCUGACGCUGUUUAGCUUGCUUCUAAUAAUGAGUGCAGUUCAGGCUGUUCUCUGCGCCAUUCAAGCCAUCAAUGGUCUUAUUGGGACAUUUUUUGGAGACUGCAAGUGUUCUUCAUGUUGUGGGGGUGAAGGAGCUGUUUAAGUCUAAAUCUCCCUGGAUAACUAUAGGAACCGUGUAUAAACAAAGAUAUCAAAGGAUGAAGAGCAUGGUCACAGCUCUGACGGAAAAAAAGACUAUGUACACCCCAAGGGUACGGCCACACAUUGUAUGAACUCUGUGGACUUUCUGCAGUCUCCUGGCACCAAAAUCCUCAGCAAAAAAACCUACACCAAGCCAUGUGGAUUUUGUUGUGGAUUUGCUGCUGUGGAUUUUGGUGCAAAUUGUGUAAGUUGAAAAAAAUGGUCAAUGGAUUUGAAACCUGCUAUUGUGGACUUGCAGAUUCCCGACUUGAACCUAUAGCACUGUAGAUUUAUUGCAGGUAUACUGACUUUUUUUUUUCACUGACUUUUUUUUAUCUUUAUUUAUAACUUUCAAUUUGACAAAGCAAAGUUUUACAUAGUAGCCAUUGAUCCUUACAGAAAAACUCUGCAUACAAUUUAUAUAUGCA